UUUCGAAUAUUUUUGAUGAAAGCGAUGAAGGAAUAUUAGAAAUAUAAACAAUUUUACUGAUAAAAUCCAGCAUAUAAAUUUAAGCAAUUCUUCAUCAUAAUAAAAUUUUAAAAUUUUAACUUCAAUAAUGAAGUUAAUAACACUUUUUAUAUUAAUAAUAUGUGCGGUUUUUAUGGUAACUACAAUCGAAACGAAAACAUGCAACCGCAAACAUACAACUGAGGAACCAACUCCCAUAACAGAAGAACCGGCUACGACACCUACUCCAACCUGUCUCUAUCCUAAUGUUAUAGCAUAUCCAAACGUACCAGCAACAAUCGAUCUUUUGAAGCAAGGAUUUGGAAAAGGUUUUGAACCACCUAAGCGUAUUAUAAUUAUUGGUGCGCCUACUAAUACGACUGACCGUUUUAUCAUUAAUUUAAAUGAUGAUGGGAUGCCAGGGAAAACUGCAAAGACUCUGUUUCACUUCAAUCCACGUUUUAGUGAAAAGCAGGUAGUUCGCAACACGUGGUCACCAAUCACUGGAUGGGGAAGAGAGGAACGUUCGGAAGGAUUUCCUUUUAAAAUUGGAGAACCGUUUAUUCUGGAAUUUAUUGCUGCACCUAAUAAUACUAUAAUUAUUACGCUGGCAAUUAGGCUUUUCUCUGUGACUUUAUGUCUUGAUAAACCUAUACCCACUACAACAGAGGAACCAUCAACAACAAUUCAACCAACCACAACACCCACAAAGCCUCCUCCAGUCUGUCGAGGAAAAAUUGUUUUAAACAACUUGAAAAUACCGGCAAUAGUCGACUUUAGGAAGCUCGGAUUUGGAAGAGGCUUUGCACCAACUAAACGCAUUAUAAUUUUUGGAACACCUUUGGCAAAACCUGAAAAUUUUAGCAUUAACAUUGGUGCACUUGGUAAAUUGUUAGUAAAUGCUGAUGUUCUGUUCCACAUUAGUCCACGUUUUGAUGAACAACAAGUUAUACUCAACUCCUGGAUUACAGGCAGAGGCUGGGAAAGAGAAGAGCGUCCUGGAGGUUUUCCCUUUAAGGUUGGAGAUCCUUUUGUUCUGGAAUUUAUUGCUGCAGAGGAUUCAAUUGAUGUAAUUUUUGCAAUACUUUGUUGAAUUUUUAAUUUUUAGGUCAUUGUAAACAACAAAUUCUUUGUCAACUUUACACGAUAUGAUUUGAAGUAUGUAAGUCAAAUGGUGAUUGAAGGUGGAAUCCGAGUGGGAUCUGUUAUACUUUGUAAAUAAGGAGACUUGAGAAGAAUAUUUAUUAAAAAUGAUAAAAUCUAAUAUGACGUCAUGUAAAAAAACAAAUAUUGUUAAUAUUCUACGUAAAUUUUUAUAAAAUGUUUGCUCAAAAAAUAUUUU